AGUUGAGUCUUAACAAAUCACAGCACACCACAUAGAGUUGCCCAGUUCCCAGUGGAGGAUAAUGGAACGGCUGUGGUUCUCUUUGCUGUUGCUGGCAGCAGCAUGCAGGGGACAGCCGUGUCCGAAACGCUGUAUGUGCCAGAGCCUUUCCCCAUCGCUCGCUAUCCUCUGCUCCAAGACAGGCUUGCUGUUUGUUCCUGCUGCCAUUGACCGACGCACCGUGGAGCUACGGCUCCAAGAAAACUUCAUUACAGCUGUCCGAAGAAAGGACUUUGCCAACAUGACCAGCCUGCUACAUCUGACCCUGUCCAGAAACACCAUCAGUCAGAUUCUCCCUUCAGCCUUCAGUGACCUGCGGCGACUAAGAGCACUCCACCUAGACUCUAAUAGAUUAACUGUGAUCAAGGAUGACCAUUUUAAGGGUCUGACCAACCUUCGUCACCUGAUCCUUGCCAACAACCAGCUCCACUCCAUCUCCCCACAUGCCUUUGAUGACUUCCUGUCCACACUGGAGGAUCUCGACCUCAGCUACAACAACCUUGCCCAGGCACCCUGGGACACGAUUGGGCGCCUAACCAAUGUCAAUACCCUAAAUAUGGAUCAUAACCUCAUAGAAAAUGUUCCCCAAGGGGUAUUCACCAACCUACACAAGCUAGCCAGGCUAGACAUGACGUCCAACAAAUUAAAGAAAAUUCCCCCAGACCCACUGUUCCUAAGAAUCCCAGUUUAUGCCAAGUCAAGAGGCUCCCCUCUCUCCUCCCUGGUGUUGAGUUUUGGUGGAAACCCCCUUCACUGUAACUGUGAACUUCUGUGGUUGAGAAGACUGACCAGAGAAGAUGACCUUGAGACAUGCGCCUCCCCCCCUGACCUUAGUGCCAAAUACUUCUGGACGAUACCUGAAGAGGAGUUUAUUUGUGACCCACCAGUUCUGACCCGUAAGUCACCUCAUACAGUGGCAAUGGAGGGCCAGCCUGCCAGCCUGAAGUGCAAAGCGAAUGGCGAUCCAGAGCCAGAAGUCCACUGGAUCAGCCCUGAAGGGCGACUUAUAUCCAAUGGCUCAAGAACUUUGGUUUUCCCUAAUGGAAGUCUGGAGAUCAAUGUAACAUCCCUGAAGGAUUCAGGUAACUUCACCUGCAUUGCCUCCAAUGCGGCAGGUGAAUCCACAGGAAGAGUGGAACUAGUUGUGACAGCAAUGCCCCACCUGGCGAACAGCACAAGCCGCAGCCGAGAUCCGUCCUCUGAACCUGCCCCCUCUGACAUCCUGACCUCCUCUAAGGUUGCGGUGCCUAACAACGAGACAAGAGGGGCAGACCGGAGGGUCUCAUUGGUGGAACUGACAGGAAACUCUGCCCUCAUUAGAUGGAGCAGUCAGACUCCUACAACUGGAGUGAGGAUGUUCCAGGUCCAGUACAACAGCUCCGGGGAUGACACGCUGGUUUACAGGAUGAUUCCAUCCAGCAGUAAUGACUUCCUGGUGCGGGACCUCGCCGCUGGACGCAACUACGAUCUUUGUGUCCUGGCCGUGUUUGAUGAUGUCAUCACAUCUCUGACUGCAACCCGUCCUCUGGGCUGUCUUUCUUUUACCACAGACACAGAGUUCAGCCAGUGCCAAGCAUUGCACAGCCACUUCCUGGGUGGCACAAUGAUCAUCAUCAUUGGAGGGAUUAUUGUUGCCUCUGUGCUGGUUUUCAUUAUCAUCUUAAUGAUACGAUACAAGGUUUACAGCCACCAAGGGGCAGGCCACGGGAAAGCAGCCAUUGCUGCGACUGCGCCAAGACCCCAGAGCAACGGACAAGGAGGAGGAGGACAAGUCCAAGUUCUCCCUCGCUCUGCCUCAAAAAUGCCUGACAGUCAGGACGACCAAGCGCUGGCGCCGUCCAGGGCCAUGUCGCCUAGCAACACUCUGAGAGACACUGUGGCAUUGGUUGAGGAGGAGAGCAGUGGACGGAGUAUAAUGGCAAGGACUGACUCCUUGGCCAAUGAAGAGUUGCUCUCACCCACCAAGGCCCGCUUCUCUUCCAGGGUCGCCAUUGAGAUGAAAAGCAGACCACCAUCUGUCGCCAAAGAGCCCACCUCCCCCAAGGAACUGGCAGAACCCUGAUGCUGUUGUUCUGAGUGGCAGAUGUGGAAAACGUCACCACCAGGGAGCAGCUGGUGAUAACUAAAGAAAAACAACGCCCUAUAGCUCCU